UCGCAAGGACACCGCGGAGGGGGCACGUCCGUGCUCCCACUUCCUCCCGACGCAGCCUGUGAUUGGCUCGCAGCCUUAAGAGGAACACGUGAAGCAGCAGCUGAGGCUGGCAGAAACUUGCCGGCGGUCUCCGGGUAGCAGCGCACCGUGCCGUGGUCAGCUCCGGACAUCCCGGCCUGAGGACAAUGAGGUCAUCGUGUGUCCUACUGGCCGCGCUGCUGGCGCUGGCUGCCUACUACGUGUACAUCCCAUUGCCCGGAGCGGUGUCCGACCCCUGGAAACUGAUGCUGCUGGACGCCACUUUCCGCGGCGCGCAGCAAGUGAGUAACCUGGUACAUUCCCUGGGGCUGAGCCACCACCUGAUCGCACUGAACUUCAUCAUCAUUUCUUUUGGGAAGAAAAGCGCAAGGUCUUCUCCAAAAGUGCAGGUGACCGACACGGACUUUGAUGGGGUGGAAGUCCGAGUGUUUGAGGGGUCUCCGAAACCUGAUGAGCAGCUGCGACGCAGCGUGAUCUAUAUCCACGGAGGAGGCUGGGCCCUGGCAAGCGCAAAAAUCAGCUACUAUGACCAGCUGUGCACUGCAAUGGCCGAGGAGCUGAACGCCGUCAUUGUGUCCAUCGAGUACCGGCUAGUUCCACAGGUCUUCUUUCCUGAGCAAAUUUACGAUGUCGUUCGUGCCACAAGAUACUUCCUGCGGCCAGAAGUCUUAGACAAGUACAAGGUGGACCCUGCCCGAGUUGCUGUUUCAGGAGACAGUGCUGGUGGGAAUCUGGCCGCUGCUCUUAGUCAACAGUUUAGUUACGUUGACAGCCUUAAAAAUAAGCUCAAACUGCAGGCGUUAAUCUACCCGGUCCUCCAGGCUUUGGAUUUCAACACGCCGUCUUACCAGCAGAACGCGAACACUCCAAUCCUGCCGCGCCACGUCAUGGUGAAGUACUGGGUGGACUACUUCAAAGGCAACUACGACUUCGUGCAGGCCAUGAUUGUGAACAACCACACGUCACUGGAUGUGGAAAAGGCUACGGCCCUGAGGGCCCAUCUCGACUGGACAUCCCUGUUGCCCCCGUCCAUCAGAAAGAACUACAAGCCUGUGGUGCAGACCACAGGUGAUGCCAGGAUCACCCAGGAGAUCCCCCAGCUGCUGGAUGCCUUGUCCUCCCCGCUCAUCGCAGACCAGGAAGUGCUUCAGCGCCUGCCGAAGACUUACAUCCUCACCUGCGAGCACGACGUCCUGCGGGAUGACGGGAUCAUGUACGCUAAGCGCCUGGAGAGUGCAGGUGUGAACGUGACCUUGGACCACUUUGAGGAUGGCUUUCAUGGUUGUAUGAUUUUCACAAGCUGGCCGACUAACUUCUCUGUAGGCAUCCGGACUAGGAAUAGUUACAUCAAGUGGCUGGAUCAAAACCUGUGACGAAGUAACUUCUCAGAUGCACGAGGCUCUCGACCUCCAUUCGCUUUGGAAGGAUCGGCUCCUCUCCCUUGUUUCUCAUGUGUAUUGGAACCUGUACCCUGAAGACCUUAUGAUAAUCUACGUUGUAAAAGUGACUCACUGGCAAGUUUAAAAACAUCUUGGCCAUUUUCUCUAUUUUUUAUUGUCGUCCACGUGGUACGAAUGGUCACAAUUUGAGGAGCUAGAAUUAGCCCUAGGUCCUGUCUCUAUUAUGUUCUUUCCACAAGAACUUUUCCAGUUGUGGGUGCGGUGGUAACUUCUGAGGAACUGAAUAAACGUGAGCUUUUUCUUCA